AUGACACAACAACAGUGGAAUCUCAUCGUCGGUGACCUUUUCAAGGUCAAAGAUGACUACGGGAUCUAUGGAGACAUGGCGCAAGAACUAAUUACGUGGCUACGCAGCAAGACACGUGUGCUCGCCAUUCUCCGCAAAAUACAGAUGGCGACAAUUGGAAAGACGCUCGCAGUUCUCAGGGCAGUGCUGACGCGUUGGAUGUCUCAUUAUCUUGCCUAUCGCCGCCUCCUUGAGCUUCAUCCUGCACUCGAAUUGCUUGUAACGAAGCACGAAGCUCAUUUGAUAUCAGGUGGAGAUGCACACUCACGCAGAAAGACUCAAACAGCCAUUGCAACAAUCAAAAACGCAACAUUUUGGCAUGCAUUG